CCAGGUCUGCUAUCCUCAAUGGAACAGUGUACAUACUAUGCUGUCCACAUUUACUGCACUGGGGACCUCCUGAAGCAGGUCCAGCUGGCCAAGCUCUUCUCUGAUGACAAACACUUUGUUGACAUGCCAUUGCAGGAGUCUCCAGAACUAGUUCUGAAGAAGUUCCAGCAACUAGUGAAUGUGACUCCAGGGGGGAUAUUGUCCAAAGAGCAGCUGCAACAGUUUGUGAGCUCAUCCUUCAGUGACCCUGGACAAGAGUUUGAGCUAUGGGAACCUCAGGACUGGAUGAGCAGCCCCCAGAUUUUAGCCAAGAUUUCUGACCAAAAACUCCAGGCAUGGGCAUCGGAUUUGAAUGCCAAGUGGAAAUCCCUAGGGAGAAAGAUCAAAGAUGACGUUAGGACUCGCCCGAUGUUUUACUCUCAGAUUUAUGUGCCGCACCCUGUGGUAGUGCCCGGUGGCAGGUUCAUUGAAUAUUACUACUGGGAUUCCUACUGGGUGAUUGAAGGGCUGCUCCUCUCUGAAAUGGCAGCCACAGCCAAGGGGAUGAUACAGAACUUACUGUACCUGGUGGAAAGGUAUGGGCACAUCCCGAAUGGAGGGCGAGUCUAUUACCUAUGCCGGAGCCAGCCACCUUUCCUCACUCUGAUGAUGGAUGCCUACCUGGCCCAUGCCAAUGACACAGAGUUUCUCAGGGAGAAUAUCCAUCUGCUGGAGGUAGAGUACGAGUUCUGGCAGAGGAAUCGCUCUGUGAGCAUCACAGUUGGGGACAGGAAUCAUACUCUGAACUACUACAAUGUCCAGAUCGGGGAGCCCAGACCAGAGUCCUACAGUAAAGACUGGGAGUUGGCAAGUGACUUAAAUGAAGAUGCCAGGCAGGAGCUCUGGGCAGAGCUAAAAUCAGCAGCAGAGUCAGGCUGGGACUUUUCCUCUCGCUGGUUCCUCUCCUGGCCUCCCCCACUCCCUGCGACACUGAAGGAUACCAAAGCCAGCGCUGUAGUGCCAGUGGAUCUGAAUGCCUUUCUGUGCAAGACCGAGCACCUGCUGGCUUCAUUCUACAGGAUACUGGGAAACACCACCAAGGCUGCCCAGUUCCAGGUUGCUCUGGAGCGCAGGCUCGAGGCUGUCCAAGCUGUCUUCUGGAAUGAGGCUGCUGGAGUCUGGCUGGACUUCAACCUCCUGAAGAAGCAGCCAAACCCAGCCUUCUACCCCUCCAACCUGGCACCCCUGUGGACUGACUGCUUCUCAGACCAGGCUGCAGCUGAGAGGGCAGUGCGGUACUUAGAGGGGAGCACAGUCCUGUCCUACAAGAACGGGCUCCCUACCUCACUGUUCAGGACUGGGGAGCAGUGGGACCUGCCCAAUGCCUGGCCUCCACUGCAGCAUAUGGUGAUUGCAGGUUUGGCCAAGUCCAGCUCCUUGAGAGCCAAAGAAAUUGCCUUUGAUCUGGCCCAGAACUGGGUCAGAACCAACUUUGCCUUAUAUAAGAAGUACCAGGCCAUGUUCGAGAAGUACAACGUGGACGGAGAUGGGAAGCCAGGGACAGGAGGAGAGUACCAAGUCCAGGAGGGAUUUGGCUGGACCAAUGGUGUAGUCCUGCAGCUCUUGGAUCUCUAUGGCGACCGCCUGACUUCUGGCUCCCCCUCUACCCUCUUCAGGGCUUGGAUUGUUGCUGCUUGCCUCUUCCUCCUUGACCUGAAAUGGUAGGGGAAGUGGUUUGGGCUCCCAGAAGCAGAGCCAGAGGAGACAAGCCCAUUAUGUACUGAACAGUACCCUGGCCUUGUAACCAGUUAGGGAAGAGAGUGUGUGGCAGCGGGAUUCAUCGGGGCAGCCACCUCUUUCUCUACCUGCUGGGACAGCGAAGCAGCCACAGGUGAACGAUAGCUGUGACUAAAGCCCUGUGCAUGCAGCCCUACUGAGCCCCCUACCUGCAAUUCUCUCAUGCUUUUGCUGUUUCAUUAAUGUUUAUCAAACUGGUCUUUGCUGUCAUGCCUGCCUUGGUGGUUACUGGGAUAAAUAGGGGCCUGAUUCUGGUGGAGGUCUGUGCUGAGGCCCCACAUCCCCUAGUCUCAGGACAGAGUGUAGAUGUAGGGGCUGGGCAUUAAUGGUCCCCGAUCCCCCUGGUGGUGUUAGCCAUUGCAGAGAUGACAUCCCUGAGAGUGUGUGUGUUGUUUAUCCACCAGGGGCCCAGCUCACUGCCCACCACCGAUCCUUUUAUCCCUUCAUUCUCACAACGUUCCCUUUGUGCCACCCGUCCACAUCCCCCUCAUUCAGAGAGAUGAUGUAUAAAUAAAUAAACUUGUAGAGUU